AUGUUGUCCAUGCAGAAUUCUCCAUUACUCGGACACCGCGUUUUAAACGGAUCGGGUCUGCAGGACGAGGGUUGCGCCGGAAACCCCUCAUCCUCCGGAAUCAACCUGCGAGCGAGCACCUCCAGCACCAGCACCGGAGCCAGCCCUGAUGAUACCUCCACCGAAUCCCCCGACUGGCCGGGCGCCGACCGUUCUCCAGACGGGAAGGACUAUCCCAACAUGAUGUUCGACCCCUCACAAUUCGACCCGGAGAUCGACAUCCCCCCCAAGGUCGAGGAACUGGAGGAGGAGGAUUUGCGACAUAUCAAGGCGUCGGAUGUGGGGGUCGAACACCAGGAAAAUCCGGGUGCUCCCGUCGCUGUUCCACGGAAACGUGGUCGUCCACGCAAGCACCCGCUGCCGUCGCCGGGGGGUCAGGCCAAGGUCACCAAGGGCCGGUCCAAGACUGGCUGUAUAACCUGUCGCCGCCGCAAGAAGAAGUGCGACGAGCACAAGCCUGCCUGUCUCAACUGCCAGAAGAAUGCGGUCGUGUGUGAGGGAUAUCCGCCCAAGGAGAUUUGGAAGAGCGGACGACAGAAGAUGGCUGAUGUUGUCCGAACCCAGUCGUCCCUGACAGCUGUACCGCGAAGCCUCCCAUUUCUCAUUGACGGGAUUGAAACGGAGAUUGAUCGGCGUUUCCUCGACCAUUUUGUAUACGGCUUUAGUCGCGUCUUAACGCUCAUCAACGAUGAUUCCAACCCAUUUAAGGAGAUUCUGCUGCCCAUGGCGACGCAACAUCGAGGAUUGAUGCAUUCGCUCAUGUGCCUGUCGGGAUCCCACCUCUCCGGCCUGGAUCCAGAGCCGCAGCUGAAGGAGCGAAAAUACUACCACUUCCACCGUGCGAUUCAGGAUCUGAAGGACAACAUCACGGCCUCGUCGUCGUCCGCGUCGGCGGCGCAAGGUACGGAAGAUGAGGAACAGAAGUUACUAGUCGAGGACCCGAUUAUCGCGUCGACAAUCGCAUUGAGUUUGAAUACGAUCUGCGAAGGUGAAACAAACGGCGAGUACAGGCCUCACAUGGACGCAGCGCGAUACCUCCUUGUUUCACAACAGCCCCGCAACGAGAAGUUCCGCCAAUUUAUCGUUGAGUUUUUCCAGUACCACGAUGUCUCCAACGCGCUCACCUCCUUGGACCGUCGCCCGGCUCUGCUCCAAAGCGGCAUGCACUUGCCGGAUUUCGUGCCUGGCGCCCGGGCGGGCAUGUUCGUCGGCGUCUUCGACGGACUGUUCAACUAUAUCUCCCAGAUCACACAACUCCGUGAUCGCAUCCGCGAGCGCUUCAAUUCCGGCUACGAGCCCGCUGUGGACUACCAGACCCUGAGUGAAGCCGUUCAAGUUGACACCGCGAUCCGGAACUGGAAGACGUCGCACGAGCCGGAGACCUCAAACUGGUGCUUGGCCCAGCUCUACCGCCAGACCACCUGGGUGUAUUUAUACCGCACGAUCCGGCCCUCGCGCCCGAGCGACAAGAUCGCCCAAGUAGUCGAUGACGGCCUGGCAUACCUGGACCGCCUCCCCGAGGACGCCGGGGCCUAUAGUAUCGUGCUGAUGCCACUCUUCCUGCUGGGCUGCUCGGCGUUCAACACCCAUCAACGAGAGCGCAUCCAGCGCGGCUUCGACUCGCUGAAGGCGUAUUCCAACCUGCGCAACAUCGAGCCGGCUUUCAAGGUUGUUUCACGCGUGUGGGAGGUCAUGGAUACGAAGAUGGAAGACAGUUGGGACUGGGAGAAGAUUAUCCACGACAUGAACAUGGACUUUCUGAUCACCUAA